AUGAAGGCCGCUUUCGCUAUCUCUGCCAUCCUGGCCACCGUUGCCUCGGCUAUCCCUACCCCCUCAAACAUCGUCUCCUCCACUGUUGCUAGCACCAGCUCUAUCGCUGUCACCAAGGAGGUCCACAGUGUCAUCACCGUCACCAACCAGGUCAACAAGAAGGUCCUUGUUGAGCUUGACCAGACCGUCGCCAACAAGCUGACCGGUGUCUCCCUUGGCUCCGUUACCACCUCCGUUGGUACCAUCGUCAAGACCGUUACCUCUCUGAGCCAGAUCACCUCCGCCGACUCCGGCCUGCUCACCGUUGUCCUCAGCACCGGCGAGUACGCUCUGAUCCAGCUCACCGACGUUGUCGAGGACCUCCUCUCCGACCUCGGUCUCGGCGUCGUCGGUGACGUUGUCGGUUCCGUCGUCUCCACCCUCGAGGACGUUGUCGAGGAUGUUGCCAGCAACACCAAGCGCUCUGGCGAGAGCAACCUUCUGUCCCUGACCAACCUGAACGGCCAGACCAUCUACGCCGAGGCCACCGGUGUUCUGAGCGAGUUGGACCUCAGCCAGAUCACCGGCACUGUCGUUGCCAAGGUUGCGUCUGUUUCUGCCCUCAAGUCCAAGGUUAACGAGCUUGGUCUGACCAACGGUAACGUCAUCGGUGUCCUUGCUGCUGAUGGUGUCUCCGUUCUCGUUGUCAAGAUUGAGUCUACCGUUACUGGCCUUCUCUCCGUUGUUGGCUCCAUCCUCACUACUCUUGGCCUUGGUGACCUCACUGUCACCGUUGCCUCCGUUGUUACCACUGUUGAGAGCACUACCUCCUCUGUGUAA